AUGGCUUCUGCAACAACCAGACCCAAGUUGACGAACACAGUCGAAGGGGUUUCGUCAAAAGGUAGCUGGUUGACAGUCACAUCAUCUAUCAUUAUAAUUACAUCUAUCGCGAUCUCUAUCCUGUUUCAACAAACGAAGCCCAGCUUACAAUCAACACAUCUGUUCACCACCAUCGUGUCUUAUGACCCCCUGAUUAUCCAUAUUGAGAACUUCUUGACGCCAGGUGAGGUUCAACACCUUCUGGGUCUUGCGCAAGAGCGCUACCAACCUUCAACUGUAAUUGACGCCGAGACCGGACAGCAUGAUAGACUAGCAUCUGGUCGUCGAAGCUCGACAGCCAUGUUACCACGAGGAGAUACCGUCGUACACUCCGUGAUAUCGCGCUCGGCACGUUUCCAAGGAUUCGUUUCGGAAGACCAGUUUGAGCAGAUACAAGCUACCCGGUAUCUCGAGGGUGGCGAGUACGUUCCACACUACGACGUUCUCUCAACUCGCCAUCAUUCAGAACAAGAAAGAGCAGAGGUGGACGCGAAGAACACCACAGGUCGUUUCGAGAGAUUGACAACCAUAUUCGCCUUUCUCGAUGACAGUUGUGGGGCUCACUGCGGCACGCAGUUCCCUCGCAUUGCCAUUGACUGGGACUCAGAGGACAAGAGGUGGUGCGAGAUAGUUGACUGUCAGGCGAGGACACUCACGUUCCGACCACGAGCAGGAAGUGCCGUGUUCUGGAAGAACCUGCAUGAUGACGGCUCGCUUCACGAAGACACCCUGCACGCUGGCUUGCCCGUCCAGAAAGGCAGUAAAGUUGGGCUCAAUAUUUGGAUGAGAGAAAAGCUAUUAUGA